AGCGCUUACUGCCGAGACGCCUAGGCCAUAAAGAUCAGGACCUUUUGGCACUCGGUGGAUGGGACGUUUUUUUUGCACUUUGGAGUGUGUUCGGUUGCUAUUGUGUCUGCAGCGAGUUAACGCUCGUUAACAGUCUGUAAGAGCUGAAUAAGGUGCCAGGCGAGCAAAAGAGUUCUGCUUGCUCUCUUCACUGUCAUUCGUAAGGCGACAGCUCAGAGGAAGAGACAGAGAUGUGGAACGACUAAGAAGGAACAGAAAACCACAGAAGCAACUCUCAGAAGAUGGUUGCUUUUUCUAUCUAGUCUGCUAACUACAUCCAGCAUUUUUUUCAAUAUUCAACAACUUUCCCUGGACGUACACUCCUGCCCUCGAAUGCAUUUGUCUCUGGAUUCCAUAAACAUGGCGGACGAUGGAUACCUCUCGUCAGACAACUACCACGAUCUGGGUAAAGGAGGCGGAUCAGCGAUGGGCGGGCGCUUGCACAGCAUUGACGUCAUUCUGGGCUUCAGUAAGGAACAGGACCCUCUGCUCAACCCUGUGGGACCUGCCGGGGGCCAUAAAGGUGACGGAGAUGUCCUGGUGGACCAGGGGAAACAGGUGACCUCUGACCCUUACGCUCACCUGCCCAGCAUGUCUGACAACUCCCAUCAGGCUGCCUAUCAUGAUACAGGACUCUUCUCAAAUAAUAAACGAGAAGCCGAGGUUGGGGAUCUUCACCAUCAUGGUGUGGAGAGUGACAGCAGGUCUCCCGAACCUCUAGAGGACGACCAACCCAAGAAGAAACACCGUCGCAACCGGACCACCUUCACCACUUACCAACUGCAUGAGCUGGAACGAGCUUUUGAGAAAUCCCACUACCCCGAUGUGUAUAGUCGAGAAGAGCUGGCCAUGAAGGUCAAUCUCCCAGAAGUACGAGUGCAGGUCUGGUUCCAGAAUCGACGUGCAAAAUGGCGGCGUCAGGAGAAGAUGGACACCGGUGGCAUGAAGCUCCAUGACUCGCCUAUGCUGUCCUUCAACCGGCCUCCCAUGCCCUCCAAUGUCGGGCCAAUGAGCAACUCCUUACCCUUAGAUUCCUGGUUAUCGUCACCCCUUUCCAGUGCCACUCCCAUGCACAGCAUCCCAGGAUUCAUGGGUCCAUCCCAAAGCCUGCAGCCCACCUACCCGAGCCACCCGGGCUUCCUUAACUCAACUCCAGGCAUAGUGCAGGGAAUGCAGCCUAUGCCUCCUCCACCUUACCAGUGUCCACCGACCUUCAAUGACAAGUAUCCACUGGAGGACAUGGACCGCAGCUCCAGCAUUGCAGCUCUGAGAAUGAAGGCCAAGGAACACAUUCAGUCCAUGGACAAAACCUGGCAGCCCAUGUGAUUCGAGGAUCAGAUUUUGUAAAGAUGUGUACACUGUACAGUUUUUAUAGAACCUGUUAGAACUGUGUGUAAGCAACAAAUAUGUUUGUUAAUCAUGGUAUGCAACAUGGAAAGUCUUCUGAGGUUUAAACUCCACAAAGCCAUGGAAAAAAAGGAGACAACUUUUGUUGUCUGUUGCUCAGAAGAAGGACUACUACUGGUUUAGAUAGCAAUUCAAAGAGGUAGCUAAACUUUAUGCACUCUACAACCAUUGACUUUAUAAGAAUGAAGGAAUUCUAUAGUCAAGCCAGGAAUCUGAAAAAGCAAGCAUAAACACCCCUAUGUGUUUCUUUUUUAGUCAUUUCCAGUUUGAUCAUCUGUUAAAGGUAGCUCAGGGAAUCAGGAAUCAGGUUUGGGGUGGCAAGAAAACUGGGCAAUAGGGCAGUAGUCAAGGCUGCCACUGUCAAGUCCAAGCCCAGGACAAGCCAAGAUCGAGUCAUGGUCAAGACCAAGUGAAGACUGAGUCCAAAUUAAAGUGAAGUCAAAAUCAACACCAAAAACCAUUAAUUCCUUUUUGAAGCCAAGCCUUUACUUCAAUUACUUGGCUUCAUUCACAACAUUGUGCCAAUGAUCAGGCUGUUAGGCUGAAAGAAAUUACUUGUCAAACUUUGUGCAAGACCAUUAUUGUCAAACAAGGCCAAGACCAUAAUUAGCAAGACCAAUGCCCAAAAUGAAACAAGUCCAAGUACAAAUGCCAAUAAGUCGGACACAAGUCCAAGUCAAUACAGAAAAGGUCUCGAGACCAGACUCGAUCCCAAGACUGGACUCAAAUCCUACAGCUCUACUGUCAAGACUUAAAACAUUAACUACUUUUACGCAGGCUAAUGCUUGUCCCUAUUUCAAACAGGCUAAUGCUUGUCCCUAAUUCUGGCAGGUGUGCUUUUUGGCUAGCACCUUGUACAUACUUGGCUUUGACUUUCAAAACUUCCAGGUAUCAUUAUUCCUGUCCAGAUUAUCACAAACAACACAUCAAUUUCAGGACGUGAUGGAAUAACAUGGCUCAUCUUCAGAAAACCUACGAGACAAAAUACGCGAAUUAUGGAUAAUGGUGUAAGUUCUUUAGCAUAACAUGCACUUGGACGAUUGCCUGGUUUUCUACAAUUCUGAUUUGAGGAUAGGUAUAAAACCAUGACCACUACUUGAGUUUGUGUCAUCUGAUUAAAAGUAAGUCAGAGAGUUAAUGAUUAUUUUAAACUAUGGCACAAGAACACACUAAAGUGUAAAGUUAGGGAGUAUUCACUAGUACCCUGGAGUAUUUUUAAUCAUUCAUAUGCAUCCCCAGUGUUGCCUGAGCCUUGGUUUUGUCUGUACAACCACUGAUUAAAGGGCAUUUUGAAAAAAUGACCUAUCUACCCCCAGAGCUUGCUGAAGGAUAUGAGGUCAUUAGCUGAUUGUGUAGCUGUCAUAGUGAGUACAUGUACGGAUGCGAAAGGAGAGUCGCUUAGUCUGGCACCACUCUCUGUUCAUUUGUUGCUUAGUGUUGAUCGCUGCUCUUUGUCUAAGACUCUAAAAUAAAAAGACAAAAUCUGGACUAAUAGGCAUCACUUCGGACAAAUGACCUUAACCCUUUACAUGCAAGGGUGUCACCAAGGAGGGAAGACAUUUUGCUGAAAAUAUAUCCAUAAUCUGAUUAUUUGGCUCAAAUAUCAAGUAUUUUUCUUAUAGUGUAAUUGUUACAAUUCGCCUUGGAGCUCCAAAUUGAUCGUGAGAGUGAGCAGGAUAUUGAAGUGAUGCCUAAAACUGAGUAUAACUAAGCAAAAGGAAUCAAAAAUGUAAAGUAACAAUGCCUAAAGCAGAGUAGCAAAGGUAUGAUACCAUAUUUAAUCAUGAACUCUAAAGAUUGACAUUCUUUAUAUUUUGUAUGCUAUUUUGUAUUGUUUUAGAAAAUGAAUGUAAUUCAAAAUAUAUCAUACUCUACCUUUUUGUGCUGACUCGUAUGCAUCAACCUGGGUAAUACUGUUAUAACUGCAGAGGUCUUUCUGUAUUAUAUGUAAACAUUGUGGUAUACUGUGAACAAAGAGGAAGCAAGGAAAUGACAAAGCCAAAGAGUAUGGUCUUUUGUUAGCUAUGAAAAUAUUAAUGUGAAUAUUUAGACAUUAGCUGAUUGGAUCUGUAUGAAUUAUAUGAUUGCCUAUGCAGUUUUGUUAACUGUCACUCUAUUUUUUGUCAUAUUUUAUCUUUAGGCAUGAAUAUUUUGCACUAACAAUGUCAAUAAAGAUAGAUCACUCAAACGACAUAACUUGGAUCAUCUUUGUAGAGAUAUAGAAUUGAUUGAUUUUAAGUUAUGAAUGAAUACAGAAGAGAAAAAUGCUAACUAACCAUCUAUGAUGCUUAAAAGCAUGAUAGUGCCCUCCCCAUAAAAGAUGUCAUAUUGCUUAAUAAUUUAGCAUGUUACCAUGAUAGACUUACUUUAAAUUGCUUCUUGUCACAGAGGUCCAUGGUUUAGUGAUGUGUGGAAAAGAUGGGUUUUGUAUUAUUUUGUUUGGGUUAUAAAUCAGCAGUCUUCCGAGGUUUUGUAUUUUAUGUACUCGCUGUUUGAUUUUCAAUGUGAAAGUUAAUUGUACUAUUAAAGGUUUUCAAACAAGACCUUUUGACCAGUCACAGGUUGUGUUAUUCAGUCCCU